UUGGUAUCAUGCGCUCUGGUGCUCCAAAAAACAUAUCCAAAUCAGUUGGACUUUAUGAAGGAUCUCCAUUGAUUGGUUUACUGAUUUUUCUCACUAAAGUACUCAUUUGUUUGGGCUACUUACGAGGCGACUGCCUGGUAAAACACGAGGCAGGUUUGGAUCUCCCACUUGUUUACAGGAGCAGAGAAAGUCAGUAUUUUGUCGCAGCCACAGAGAAUGUGAAGCUGUUGCCAUGUCGAUAUCCUCUCUAGAAGUGUUCUCUACGGAACCUUUCCUCAUUGGAAUGUUCACAGCAGAAGGUUCCUCCUCUGGACAUUACACAGAACCCCACUUGGAGGAAUACCUCAUUGCCAUGGGCGAUAACAAUGUCACAUGGCCAGUCUGCACCUAUAAGGAGGAUUUUAAACGCUUCCUACUUCCUGCCGUCUACAGUGUGGUCUUCCUGAUUGGUCUGCCUCUGAAUGGGGCGGUCAUCUUGAAGAUCUGGAGGUCACGACCCAACCUGACCCGGAGCAACGUCUACAUGCUCAAUCUGGCCACGGCUGACUUCCUGUAUGUGAUGUCACUACCUCUGCUCAUCUACAACUACGCCAGUCAUGACUACUGGCCCUUUGGAGAGCUGGCCUGCAAACUGGUUCGCUUUCAGUUCUACAGUAACCUGCAUGGCAGUAUCCUGUUUCUGACCUGUAUCAGCCUCCAGCGCUACGUGGGCAUCUGCCACCCUAUGGCCGGCUGGCACAAGCAGGGGGGUCGUAGGCUGGCACGGGUGGUCUGUGGGGGAGUGUGGCUGGUGGUCGCCCUCCUCUGUGCCCCCACGUUCCACUAUGCCUCCACAGGAACACAACGCAACCGCACCGUCUGUUACGACCUGAGUCGACCAGAGCAUUCGGCUGACUACUACCCCUAUGGGAUGGCUCUGACCUGCCUGGGCUUCCUGUUGCCUUUUAUGGGCGUGGUGGCAUGCUACUGUCGCAUGGGUCGCCUCCUCUGCCGCCCGCCAUCCUAUCAGGGCGCUACCAUGGCAGCCUCAAUGGAGAAACGGGACAAGGCGGUGAAGAUGAUAGUCAUCGUGGUGACGGUGUUUGCUGUGAGCUUCCUGCCGUUCCACCUCACUAAAACCAUGUACCUGUUGGUACGAACCUUACCAGGUGCUCCGUGUGCGACACGGAACCUGUUCUCAGUGAUCUACAAGUGCACCAGGCCAUUCGCCAGCAUGAACAGUGUUCUAGAUCCUAUACUGUUCUACUUCACACAGCCACGGUUCCGCAGGAGCACCAGAAUAUUGAUUACCAAGAUCACCACUCUCAGAGACAGAGAACCAAGGUGUGAGGAAGUGAAAACCUCUAGAUUAUUUAGAUCCCAUGUUUAAUCAAGGGUUAACUCGCUUUGAGACAAAGGAACCAAGGAGUAUGUAAAACAACCAUAGUCCACAGUUGUGUUACACCUAGAUACAUGGGUUCUGGGUAGCUAGAACCGAUCCAGAACCCUCAUUGACUUCUGCUCUGCCAGCAUGGCAACAAGUCAGUGUGUUUGCUAGUGUGUCUGCUUGUGACUGUAUACUAAAAUGCAUGAAGUAGUCAGCCAUAACACUGCUUUUGGUUGCCAUAGUAUUAUGCAAUGUAUCCUGUAUGUCCGUGCACACUGCUAGUUGUUUCUAUAUGAGCCACUAGGUGGCGUGUAUUACCUACAUAUCCCAUGGCCUUAUUUAUUUUUUAUUUAACCUUUAUUUAACUAGGCAAGUCAGUUAACAACAAAUUCCUAUUUACAAGCCUAUCCAAAGGAAAAUGGCCUCCUGCGGGGACGGGUUUGGGAUUAAACAUUUAAAAAAGAAUAUAAAAAUAUAGGGCAAAACCACACAUCAUGACAAGAGAGACAACACAACACUAUUUAAAGAGAGACCUAAGACAACAUAGCAUAGCAGCAACACAUGACAACACAGCAUGGUAGCAAAGGAUGCCUUAGCGGGAUAAUCCACCCCAAACCACUAACUCCAGUUAUCAACCGUGUUACAUGUUUUAAUGCAUUGUUUAUUUCAUCUUUAUUUAACCAGGUAGGCAAGUUGAGAAUAAGUUCUCAUUUACAAUAGCGACCUGGCCAAGAUAAAGCAAAGUAGUUUGACAGAUACAACGACACAGAGUUACACAUGGAGUAAAACAAACAUACAGUCAAUAAUACAGUAUAAACAAGUCUAUAUACAAUGUGAGCAAAUGAGGUGAGAUAAGGUAGUAAGUUAGAGGUGGGCUAUAUACAGGUGCAGUAAUCUGUGAGCUGCUCUGACAGCUGGUGCUUAAAGCUAGUGAGGGAGAUAAGUGUUUCCAGUUUCAGAGAUGUUUGUAGUUUGUUCCAGUCAUUGGCAGCAGAGAACUGGAAGGAGAGGCAGCCAAAGGAAGAAUUGGUUUUGGGGGUGACCAGAGAGAUAUACCUGCUGGAGCGUGUGCUACAGGUGGGUGCUGCUAUGGUGACCAGCGAGCUGAGAUAAGGGGGGACUUUACCUAGCAGGGUCUUGUAGAUGACCUGGAGCCAGUGGGUUUGGCGACGAGUAUGAAGCGAGGGCCAGUCAACGAGAGCGUACAGGUCGCAAUGGUGGGUAGUAUAUGGGGCUUUCGAGACAAAACGGAUGGCACUGUGAUAGACUGCAUCCAAUAUAUUGAGUAGGUUAUUGGAGGCUAUUUUGUAAAUGACAUCGCCAAAGUUGAGGAUCGGUAGGAAGGUCAGUUUUACAAGGGUAUGUUUGGCAAGAUGAGUGAAGGAUGCUUUGUUGCAACAUAGGAAGCCAAUUCUAGAUUUAACUUUGGAUUGGAGAUGUUUGAUGUGAGUCUGGAAGGAGAGUUUACAGUCUAACCAGACACCUAGGUAUUUGUAGUUGUCCACGUAUUCUAAGUCAGAGCCGUCCAGAGUAGUGAUGUUGGACAGGCGGGCAGGUGCAGACAGCGAUCGGUUGAAGAGCAUGCAUUUAGUUUUACUUGUAUUUAAAAGCAAUUGGAUGCCACAGAAGGAGGCAUUGAAGCUCGUCUGGAGGGUUGUUAACACAGUGUCCAAAGAAGGGCCAGAAGUAUACAGAAUGGUGUCGUCUGCGUAGAAGUUGAUCAGAGACUCACCAGCAGCAAGAGCGACAUCAUUGAUGUAUACAGAGAAGAGAGUCGGUCCAAGAAUUGAACCCUGUGGCACCCCCAUAGAGACUGCCAGGGGCCCGGAACAACAGACCCUCCGAUUUGAUACACUGAACUCUAUCAGAGAAGUAGUUGGUGAACCAGGCGAGGCAAUCAUUUGAGAAACCAAGGCUGUCAAGUCUGCCGAUGAGGAUGUGGUGAUUGACAGAGUCGAAAGCCUUGGCCAGAUCAAUGAAUACGGCUGCACAGUAAUGUUUCUUAUCGAUGGUGGUUAAGAUAUCGUUUAGGACCUUGAGCGUGGCUGAGGUGCACCCAUGACCAGCUAUAAAACCAGAUUGCAUAUCGGAGAAGAUAUGGUGGGAUUCGAAAUGGUUGGUAAUCUGUUUGUUGACUUGGCUUUCGAAGACCUUAGAAAGGCAUGGUAGGAUAGAUAUAGGUCUGUUGCAGUUUGGGUCAAGAGAGUCCCCCCCUUUGAAGAGGGGGAUGAACAAAGCUGCUUUCCAAUCUUUGGGAAUCUCAGACGACACGAAAGAGAGGUUGAACAGGCUAGUAAUAGGGGUGGCAACAAUUUCGGCAGAUAAUUUUAGAAAGAAAGGGUCCAGAUUGUCUAGCUCAGAUGAUUUGUAGGAGUCCAGAUUUUGCCACUCUUUCAGAACAUCAGCUGACUGGAUUUGGGAGAAGGAGAAAUGGGGAAGGCUUGGGCAAGUUCCUGUGGGGGGUGCAGUGCUGUUGACCAGGGUAGGGGUAGCCAGGUGGAAAGCAUGGCCAGCCGUAGAAAAAUGCUUAUUGAAAUUCUCAAUUAUCGUUGGUGACAGUGUUUCCUAUCCUCAGUGCGUGCAGUGGGCAGCUGGGAGGAGGUGUUCUUAUUCUCCAUGGACUUUAGUGUCCCAGAACUUUUUGGAGUUUGUGUUGCAGGAAGCAAAUUUCUGCUUGAAAAAAGCUAGCCUUGGAUUUUCUAACUGCCUGUGUAUAUUGGUUUCUAGCUUCCCUGAAAAAUUGCAUAUCACGGGGGCUGUUCGAUGCGAAUGCAGAAUGCCAUAGGAUGUUUUUGCGAUGGUUAAGGGCAGUCAGGUCUGGAGAGAACCAAGAGCUAUAUCUGUUCCUGGUUCUAAAUUUCUUGAAUGGGGCAUGCUUAUUUAAUAUGGUGAGGAAGGCGCUUAAAAAAAAAAACAGGCAUCCUCUACUGACGGGAAGAGAUCAAUAUCCUUCCAGGACACCCGGCCAGGUCGAUUAGAAAGGCCUGCUUGCUGAAGUGUUUCAGGGAGCGUUUGACAGUGAUGAGUGGAGAUCGUUUGACCGCUGACCCAUUACAGAUGCAGGCAAUGAGGCAGUGACCGCUGAGAUCUUGGUUGAAAACAGCAGAGGUGUAUUUAAAUAACACAAAUAUGUUAAAACAAUAUUUGUGAACACGUUUCAUUUUGUCAUUAUAACAAGGUUGGUAGCAACGUUUGGAAAUUGUUGUGGAAAUCUGUUGCAGAUCAAGUCAAUUUACGCUACAAUACCCACAAUGCGAUGCGCUCUUUCUGGGCUGGCUAUCAGGAAAACGUAACUACACACAAUAGCCAAAUCAAUAUCAGCAUGCAAAAUAGCUAGCUAGCUAAACAAACUACACCUAAACAAACUACAUGAUCAAUGUAGGAGAGCAGAGGACGUUGCCUUUUUCCCACGUUUCCCACAGACACACAUUGCAUUAUGGUACUUGAUACAGUGAUGAGAACCAUGUAGCUAUGACGCGUUCCUACAUGAUUUCCUGGUUUCGCAGACGCACCACUUAAAAUGUAAAUCACGAGGGAAACAUUUUUUUAUCCACUGAUGGAACAUAGGCUUUCACGAAAUUUACCUGUUUAAUUUCUCGGGGCGGAUUAUCCCUUUUACACUUUCUCAAUUGCUUAGACACAAUUCCUGGAACAACUCACCAUUUUCUCAAAUCUUCAGACACAAUUCCUGGAACAACUCACACCCAACAGUACAAACAUCUAACUUCUGGGUCCCAAUUCAAACUUUGCCCUCAGACAACACACACAAACUGUCAAAAACAGACGACAUGACUGUUUGUUACACACUGGGGGAUUUAUUCAAAAUACUGCUACCAACAUGUUUAGAAUAGGUUUUCAGAUCAAUUAUUUUGAACUUUGUAAAAUCACAGCACUGACUAUCCAGAUAACCCUUUCAGGAACACCCUGGAGAGAGAACUUCAAAACACUACUGUAAUAAAUACCUCGUACAUUAGUGGAUAAGGGAAUACUA